GGUUACGCAACCGUACCCGUUCGUUCUAUUUUUUCCCCCGCUCCGCUCUUCCCCACCACCGCGCCUCGUCUUCCCCGUGGCCACCAGCGCCGCCGCCGCCGCCGCCGCCGCCCGGCGUGCGCGCCGCUGGUUCCCGUCGCGCGCUGCCGUUUCCGCUCCGCAUCCCGUACGCCGUUGGCCCCAUCCCACGUGCCGCUGCCGCCCAUCCCGCGCCGGCCGUACCCCAUCCUUGCGCCCGGCCAGCGUUCCGCCGCCGCUCGGCCUCGCGCGCAUCGCGGCCGCUCAGCGCCGUGCGCGACCUGCGCCACCCAGCCCCGCACGCGACCGCGACCCAAUCGGGGUCCCAGCGGCAUUCAGGGUUUUGUUCCCUGACGUCACCCUCCGGCGGUCCGGCCUCCACAGCGCACCAUGGCGGCCGCCUACCGCCGUCUCCUCCUCCUCCGCCGCAUCCCCCACCCUCAAUUCCAGCCCGCCGCAGCCACUUACUGCCUCUCCCCAACCGCCGCGGCCGCGGCAGCUCUGGUCAAGCCGUCGAGCCCAUCCGCCGCCGAGCGCAUCGAAACACCGCUCAGCACCCUCCGACCCGGUUUUACAAGUGACAGUAACUUCAAAUAUGGUUGGCACUGCAAGUUGGGUUCGUCAGUUGGUGCUGUACUGAUUGGACAAGCAGCUUUUUUUCUUGGUCUGAGCAACGGCUAUGCAUUCGCCCAGGAAGACUCAGUUAGCCCAGCUGCAACUAGUGAGCAAGCUGAGGUAAAUGCUACUGGUCUUCAACGGAUUGAAGAUGGAUCAGUGGUCUCAAAUGAACACACAGUCAAAUGGAGAAUCUUCACGGAUAAUGGACGGGAUUUUUUCCAGAAAAGACAACUGGACAAGGCUGAGAAGUUAUUUCAGGCAGCCCUGCUAGAAGCUAAAGAAGGGUUUGGAUUGAGAGAUCCACAUGUCGCGUCAGCCCUUAACAAUCUGGCAGAGUUUUACAGGUUAAAGCAAGAGUAUGAGAAAGCUGAACUAUUAUAUUUGGAAGCAAUUGAGAUCCUGGAGGAAUCAUUUGGAUCCGAUGAUAUACGGGUUGGAACAGCUCUGCAUAGUCUUGGAAUGUGCUAUCAUCUUCAGCACAAGUUUGCUCAAGCCCAGACAUGUUAUGAGCGUGCUUUGAAGAUAGAAGGACGUGUUAUGGGGGUUGGUCACCCAGAGUAUGCAAGUACCAUGUACCUUCUAGCGAAAGUGCUAAGUGUACAAGGAAAAAGAAGAGGUGCAGAAUCCCUUACUGAAGAGUCUAUUAGGAUACUGGAGGAAGCUGGGCUUGGUGAAUCACCAACAUGUAUACAAAGAAUGAGAUAUCUCUCUACGGAGUUAAUAAAAUCAAAACGGUUCACUGAAGCUGAAAUCUGGCAAAGGAAGAUAUUGCAUACUCUGGAGCUUUCAAAGGGAUGGGAUUCAUUGCAUACUGCACAUGCAGCUGAAGUCCUAAGUUUAACUCUCCAAGCCUUGGAGAAGUUUAAGGAAUCAGAAGAGCUAUUGGAAAGAAGCCUUGCCACCAAGAAAAAGGUUCUGCCUGAAGAGAAACAUCAAGAACCAUGUUUCUUGGAGGUUCAUCUAGUACAAUAUAUCCUUGACCAUAAUCUGCUAGCUGUUACAUUGGUACACUUGGCAAGGUUAUCAUUGCACAAAAUUGCUAGUGAUUUGAAGAAUGCAAACAGCAAUGUAGCUACAUAUUACCUUUCUAGGGCACAACAGCACAGCAAUGAUUCGAUCAGGAUUACAGAAGCAAUAUUAAAUUCAAGUACAGAUCAGAAUAAACUUGAAAGCACAUCUACUACAGAUGGAGAAAAGAUUGCAGCAACAGCUAUUCUUUUGCAAGCACUUGAUGUUGUUGGGCUUACUGAUAUUAUGGCAAAGCAUGUGCUAGCGCCAGGGUUGGUACUCUUGGUAAGGCUUCCACUGGAACAUUUGAAGCAUGGAUUCUUCAGAAUUGAUGCUGUACACAUAUUGGACACAUCUCGGCCAUUUAUAUGGCCCAGCACAAAACUCAUAUAUGUCUCAUAUACCACACUGCGAAUCCAUUUUAAAAAUAAGUUUGGAAAGGUGCAAGAUUAUAGAUCUAUUGAAGACGCUCUCCACAAGUGUAUUUCACUUUACAGCGAGCCUGAUACGCGGAGGUUUGUGACAAAGGCUGUCAGGCAGGACUACUUGAGGUGCCUGAGGGUACUCAUCGAAACAGUAGACUUCACACAGCAGACGACGGAGUUGCAGGAUUUGCUUGGUGAGGCGCGAAAAAUAAUAGAAGAGUUGGGAGGUGAGAGUAAUAGGAAGUAAUAAGUAUGAUAUGUAGGAAAGCCAUUUUACAGGCGAACAUUAGGAAAUCACAUUGAAAGCUGGCAUGAAAGGGCUUCCUCGGACUUCAUCAACUUGUUAGAACCCAAUGGCAUGUACAUUUUCUGCGAUGUUUGAAGGUUGCAAGAAUCACUUGCCCAGGGUUACGCAAAACAUCAAGCUGUUAUUCAUCCUAGAGGAGAAAUUUGUAGGAAAGGUUUACUUGGUAAGAUUUUGUGCAUUUUGCACAGGUCGAUGUACUUCCAUCUUCCCUGUUUUAAAAUAUGGGGUGGUUGUAAAGUUAGAUGCAUGUAGGGAGGACUCAUGGAGGGUAAGGUUGGGCACUUGGGUUUACCCAAUAGUUUGGGUCAGAUUGUUUGGGGUUUCUUUUUCUAUAUUCAGGUUUUGAAAAUCGAUACCAA